AUGCAUAUUGCUCUCCUCAGGAAACAUAAAUUGGGAUUCGUGGACGAAUCGUGUGUAAAGGAAAACCAAGAAGAUAAUCUGAAGGAUCAAUGGGAGCAGUGUAACGCGGUAGUGCUCUCAUGGAUCCUUAAUUCGAUUUCGAAGGAACUAGCCAAUGGAGCUGUGUUCUUUCAAGAUGCACGACUGGUCUGGCUCGACUUGAAGGAGCGCUUCGAUAAGGCUUCUGGAUCCCGAGUCUUUACACUCCACCGUGAAAUUUCCUCCCUUCGACAAGGAACACUCUCGGUCUCAAGCUACUAUACAAGAUUAAAGGAGCUUUGGGAAGAACAAUCCUUCCUGGUGCCAGUCCCUUUGUGCAAGUGCGAGACCUCAAAGGUUUAUGCAGAGCUAAUGCAACAACAAAAACUAUUGCAAUUCCUAAUGGGGCUCAAUGAUACCUAUACCCAAGGACAGAGCCAGAUUCUCAUGAUGAGUCCCUUACCCACCGUGAAACAAGCCUACGCUAUGAUUUUAGAAGAUGAGGCUAAGAAAAUGAUCACUGGUUUAACCUUAAAUGCUCUAACCAAAGGAAUUAUGAUGGUUGCACAAGGAAGAGGGUGUGGCAGAGGCAGGGAAAGGGGAGGAACAACACUGGAGUGCUCACAUUGCCAUAAGAAGGGGCAUGUGAAAGAAAAUUAUUUUCAGAUAAUUGGUUAUCCCCCAGAUUUCAAAGGAAACAAGACAAAAAUAAACAAGACAGAGAUGGCAAGCCAGAUUGGACUGAAUACUGGAGGUGAUUGUGACUCGAAUGCACACUCUGCCAAUACAGUAACAACCUCCCUAACUCUAGAGCAGUAUGAGCGUCUCCUGAAACUGGUGAAGAAAGAUUUUGAGACAAUAGUUCAUGAGCUUACUGGUAUAGGUCUGGCUGAAUCUUCUGAAGGGAAUUGA